AUGGCACAUGGGAUCCUUGAUCAGUCUCGUGUUCAUGGGAAUAUGGAGUUGGAAGACAUCGGAGACCUAUAUUUUAAAGAUUUAUGGGCGAGAUCCUUCUUUCAAAACGUUACUGAUUAUGGAAUGUUCUACAAAUUUGAUAUGCAUGAUCUUAUCCAUGAUCUUGUACAAUCAGUUGCACAAGGUGAGUGUUUUACAGUGAAGUCUGCAAACACCGAAGACAUAUCUGAAAAUGUUAGACAUUUGACAUUUUUGGAAGCUGGCCAAAAUGUUUCAACAACCUUGCAAAAGUUAAACAAAGUGCGGACUGUAGCAGCAGACAUGGUAGACAUUGAUGAAUCCUUCCCGAACACUUGCUUUUCAAGAUUCAAGUAUUUGCGAGUGCUUCAGUUUGUUAGAAUAUCAUUACAAGUGUUGCCAAGUUCCAUUGGUUCCCUGAAACAUUUGAGAUAUUUGGACUUGAAAUAUAAUGAAGCAAUAAAGAAACUCCCUGAUGAAAUUUGCAAACUGCAGAGCUUGCAAGCUCUAAAACUUGCAGGAUGUGUGAAUCUUGAAGAGUUGCCUAGAGAUAUAAGCAAAUUGAUCUGCCUCACAUCACUUUGGUUAACGACAAAACAAACAAGUUUUGCACAUAGUGGGGUGGGAUGCUUGAAAUCACUUCGAUUUCUUAGUAUUGGUGCGUGUAGUAAUUUAACCUCUUUGCCGCGUGAAAUGAGCUAUCUUGCUUCCUUACGGACUUUGUGGAUAGAAGAAUGUAAACAACUGGAUUUGGGGAACGUAAACUAUCAAGGAACUCCACUGAGGCUCCAAAACUUGUAUAUUAUAAAUUUACCACGGAUGGUGGCAUUGCUUGAAUGGUUUAAAGGAGUGGCUAACACCCUUCAACUCUUGUCUAUUAGCAGGUGUGAGAAUUUGGAGGCAUUGCCUGAGUGGUUGGCAAGUUUCACAUUACUCAGAAAGUUGUUCCUUGAUUCAUGUCCGAAAUUUUCGUCUCUGCCAGAGGGGAUGCGUUCUCUUACCUCCUUAAGAAAACUUGUGAUUGAUGAUUGUCCUGAAUUAGAGAGGAGAUGCCAGUGCGAUAUUGGAGAAGAUUGGCCCAAGAUUUCUCAUGUGCCACAUGUUUCCUUUCAAUAUUGA